AUGGCGCUUGAGUUCGAGAUGACUGAUAUUAGGCCCAUGUCAUACUACUUAGGCCUAGAAGUAAAGAAAUUGGAAGAAGUGAUUCGUCUCAUGGAAGCUGCUCCUACUACUACACACAUGAAAGUCACUAAGAGGAUACUCCGCUACCUUAAAGGUACGCUUGAUUAUGGACUAUUUUACUUUUCUUCUAAUAAUUUUAAACUAUUUGGAUUCUGUGAUAACGACUUUGCGGGAGAUAUUGAUGAUAGAAAGAGUACUAGUCGCUUCAUAUUUUUCAUGGGGGACUGUGCUUUUACGUGGAGCUCAAAGAAACAACUUAUUUGUCACACUUUCAACAUAUGA